GGACAGAGAAAGAAACCGUUAAAUUUCAGUUAGGGAAAAACAGUGACAGUUAGCAACUGAGGAAAUAAUACUACUCAUGAGCGAGAGAGGGACAACAAUGGUGGUUUCCGAUGACGACAUAGCUCAAGCAUUGGAGUCUCUCUUCUGUGAACCAAACCCUAACCCUAACCCAACAUUCACCGGCAUUCUUCAGCAGCUUCAGUUCAAGCUUGGCGGAUAUGACCCCUCUCACAAGGUUGAUUUCAUUCGUGCUCACAUCCAAGACCUCUUCAACCGCCACCACGCUCAGCCUCAGCCUCCUCUCGUCCAUCAAAAUCACCACUUUGCCGUCCAUAACCACUGCCCCAAUUUCCAACCCCGCCCUCCUGAUUCUGGUGGGUCCCAUCGUCCCCACGAUUACUCUUUCCGCCCAACCCUACCCCAUAACCACCUGCCGCAAUCGGUUUCCAAGUCUGAACCUCUUCCUACCACACAUGCCGCCACGGCGCCUGCAGUGUCAGCUGCUUCUGAAACCCCAAAAGAGAGUGGUCAAAGUGGAAAGAAAAGAAGAGGUGGCUCUGGUGGAUUAAACAAACUCUGUGGUGUCUCUCCUGAACUGCAAACCAUUGUUGGCCAGGCAACCUUGCCAAGAACUGAGAUAGUCAAGCAGCUGUGGGCAUACAUAAGGAAACAUAAUCUUCAAGAUCCAAAUAACAAAAGGAAGAUUAUCUGCAACGAUGAGCUGCGUUUGUUAUUUGAGACGGAUUGUACCGAUAUGUUCAAGAUGAAUAGACUGCUAGUUAAACAUAUAGUCACUCUCGAACCUUCAAAGCAGACUGCUCAGAACCCUAAAAGAGCAAAAACUGAGGAGGAAUCUGGUAGUAAAAGCGAGGAAGCUGUUCCAGUUGUGAUAAUAUCAGAAGCACUUGCAAACUUUUUGGGUAUUUCAGAAAGUGAGAUGUCACAAGCAGAGGUUCUGAGGAAGGUCUUGGAGUAUAUAAAGGUGAGCCAGCUUGAGGACCCUUUGAAUUCGAUGGUCAUACGGUGUAAUGCAAAAUUGCAAGAGCUUCUAGGAUGUGAAAGUAUUUCUGCACUUGGUAUAACGGAGAUGUUGGCAAGACAUCACCUUUUUAAGAAAUCUUGACCACUGAUCCGACUGGUUAACACAGAAUCCGCUUGCAUGGGAUUAUCUACGACAGCGUAUUAAGAAACCAUUUCCAUUUGCAGGUAAUGGUGCUGAUGCUAACUUGUUUUGUCUUAACAUGAUUUAGCCCAAUUCCUGGAGGGAAGUUCAGCUGCAUUCUGCUUCACUUGUUUUCGUUUUGGAAGUUUUGCUCAAGAAGGUCCAAGGUCCGUGACCCUGAAAUCACAUGCUGGAUUCACAUGAGAUACAGUCACCGAAAGUGAGGAUAAACAACCACAGAUCUUGUCACAUUCCAAUCCUUUGUUACUUAUAUAAAAACCAUUGCCUAGUAACAAGCCUAGCAAACUGCACGUAGCAAAAUGGCAAAAUCAUGGUGCAUGACCUUGUUGCUUUUUGCACUGAUGACAGUGUACAUUGAAAUGGCGAAUGCUGGAACUCCGAAAACUAUUUGCAGGGUCACAAUUAAUGAGCUCGCGGAAUGUCUACCAGCAGUCAUGGGCCAGAAACCUCCGCCACCAACAGCAGAUUGUUGUGCAGCUCUGCACAAGGCCGAUUUGCGUUGUAUGUGCAACAAGAAAUCUGAACUCGCCCAACGUGGGAUCAAUCCUGCAGCUGCUAUGAAACUGCCAAAGCAAUGCAAAAUUAAUGUUCCUCGCGGAUGUUAAAGCUGGCCUAAGUCUUGAAAUUAAUUAAAAGACAUGUAUUUUUCUUCCUUGUGAAGUUGACAUUCUCCACGGUUGUUUUGCAUUUACUAUUCCCUCAGAAUUUGAAUAAACUUUCUUUCCAGUUAUUGUUCUACA